UCAAUUUAAUAAUUAGAACCGAAACCAUUUAAACUUAUUGUCGCGUCUAGAUUCUCUCAGUUUAACUGGAGAAAAUCCACCAAGGAUGAUUUUUAAAGCGGUGUUUGUUCUUUCCUGUUUUAUAUUAAUAACUGGAUACAGUUUUUAUUCAUUCGUUGUCCGAACUCAACCCGAGUGUGCAAGACUUUUCCAGAGAGGAAGAGUCGGAUUUUUAGGUUGCCUUAAGCUUAAAGUAGAAAACCACUUUUCAAAAACAUUUUGCUCCGAAGAGAAUGAUUCGUGGCUGUCUUGCUUGAUAACCUACGAUUUCAACAAACGAGACUGUAAUUUAAUAAACGAAUUUAUGCAAGACUACUUCCCGGAUGAAAGUACCAUUAUGCAAAAUAUAUACAACCGUAUUUGCUGUAAAUCAAAACGGAAAUGGGGAUUACGAACGUUUUUCGAGUAUCUUGGCAAUCUUCCCUUUGAUAUCCAGAAAUAUAGUCGACACACCAUCUCAAAACAUAUAACUGGAUUUAUAUGCCCAAUAAUUGGUGGCAUACCCUUUAAUGGUUAUGCAUUCUUGGGUGUAAUAGCCACCAUUUUCAUACUGCUAAUUGGAAAAUUCAUCCAUCGAUGGUGGUGUUGGAAGAAGUCUCAGAAAAGGAAGAGAAAAUUAUAUGCUUAUUAAUCAGACUUUACAAAAUAAUGAACUGAACAGAAUAAUUUAAAAUUUAUUAAGAUAUACAAUCGUUUAAUGUUGAAAGUAUUUUUUGAACGUUUACCAUUCGAGAUUAAACCAUCAUUUUAAC